CAGUGCGUGUGCCAGCUGUGUGAACACACCAACUUCACCUGCCAGACGGAGGGCGCCUGCUGGGCCUCGGUCAUGCUGACCAACGGGCGCGAGGAGGUGGUCAAGUCCUGCGUGUCCCUCCCGGAGCUCAACGCCCAGGUCUUCUGCCACAGCUCCAAGAACAUCACCAAGACUGAGUGCUGCUACACCGACUUCUGCAACAACAUCACCCUCCGCCUGCCCCUGGGUGAGUGCCUCGUGAGCGCUGCUGUGACACCCGAGGGUGGGGACACACUGGGCAGGGGCCAUGGCCAGGGCAGCCAGCUCACGCUGAGGGACCUCAUCUAUGACAUGACCACCUCCGGCUCUGGCUCUGGUUUGCCCCUGCUCGUCCAGAGAACCAUCGCCAGGACGAUUGUCCUGCAGGAGAUCGUAGGAAAAGGCCGGUUUGGCGAAGUCUGGCGUGGGAAGUGGUGCGGGGAGGAUGUGGCUGUGAAAAUCUUCUCCUCCAGAGACGAGCGGUCCUGGUUUCGGGAGGCAGAGAUUUACCAGACGGUCAUGCUGAGGCACGAGAACAUCCUGGGCUUCAUCGCUGCCGACAACAAGGAUAACGGGACAUGGACUCAGCUCUGGCUUGUCUCCGAGUACCACGAGCAGGGCUCCCUGUUCGACUACCUGAACAGAGGCACGGUGACGGUGGAGGGCAUGGUCAGGCUGGCGCUGUCAGUGGCCAGUGGCCUGGCCCACCUCCACAUGGAGAUCGUCGGCACACAAGGGAAGCCAGCGAUCGCACACCGAGAUCUGAAGUCCAAGAACAUCCUGGUGAAGAGGAACGAGACCUGUGCCAUCGCCGACCUGGGCCUGGCGGUGAAGCAUGACUCGGUGCUCAACACCAUCGACAUCCCCCAGAACCCCCGCGUGGGCACCAGGAGGUGGAAACAAUUAGAGUUUGUUGUGGAGCAGGUACUUUGUGUGUUGUAUUACCUCCACAAUAAAUGUUCCCUAGGGAUCACUGAGGAAUACCAGUUGCCUUACUACGAUGUUGUGCCUUCUGAUCCUUCAAUAGAAGACAUGAGAAGGGUUGUCUGUGAGCAGAAGCUCAGACCGAAUAUUCCAAACCAGUGGCAAAGCUGUGAGGCGCUGCGGGUGAUGGGCCGGGUGAUGCGGGAGUGCUGGCACGGCAGCGGCGCCGCCCGUCUCACCGCCCUGCGCGUCAAGAAGACCGUCUCGCAGCUCUGCCUGCAGGAGGACUCCAAAGCCUGACCGACCUCCCCGCGCCAGGAGACGGGAAGGAAUUCUGCCGUUCACCUUUCCACGUGUGAUAGUAUUUUUAUUUCUGGUCUACCUCAGAUAAGGUGGUUCAGUGUUGCAGUGCCCGGAGCAGAGCGCUGACCUCGAGCGUCGUGUCCGGCCGUGGGAAGAGGCAGCUUGGGACUCGAGUUGGGUUUGGUACAGCAAGUCCAUGACUCGCUUUGCUUUUGUGAGGAAAUUGGACACCAGGCGAGUCACAGGAAGGAGGUUAAAGCAUCACAACAGUGUAAAAAUACCUUUUGCUGUUGCACUUUUCAUCCUCGUCAGACCCCAAAUGCCCUGGAAAUGUCUGGUGUUGGUUAAAGCUGUUUGCAAAAAAAGCCUCAUGUUCUGUCCUCAAACCAAGUAAAAGACCAAAUUUAACCCAGCUUUUUACCUAUUUUUAUGCAAGAAUCUGAAAAGGGGCUAUCAGUAAAAGCAAUUAAAAAAGAUGGAAAUUCCAUGAAGCAUGUACCUUGUGAACAAAACCAUUGAGUCAGUUCCCUAUUAAUAUUUAUAUUUAAUGUCUUGGUUUCACAUACAAUAUUAUGGUUAGGGUUUGAGUUGUUUUAUUCUGUUUGUUUGUUCGUUGAACAGAUCGACCAAGGGAUAACUUUUCUUUCUAACAGUUUUUAGAAGAAAUAGUAGAGGCAAUACUUUUCCAUUAGUUACGUAGGGAUAAAGUGGGAGAAAUUCUACCUAAACUGAGAAAAUAUUUAUUUUUAACAAUAUCUUGCUAAUCACUGGUAACAUUUUUUUAGUGCCUUUUGAUGUGUUGGGGGAAGCUUUGACAAAAGCCAACACAGCCUUUUCAGAGGUUUCUUAUGGAAUUCUGUAACAGCACCAGGCUGGUGACGAGUAUUAUCAUCUCUGCUCAUGUUUCCAUAAUACCACAGCCAUCAAAGCGAGGUGUUGUAUCAGAAUUCACUGAUGUUCUGGCGUUUUGUGAACUGAUGCUUCUGCCCCACUCCAUGGCCCAUGUAUUUGAAUAUAGUAUUCUAAUAUAUUUAAUAGCCAAAAUUAUACAUUUCAUAAUCAUAUGGUUCUUUAAAUCUUUAAAUCCAGCUGGUCCAUGGAAAUUAAGCCCAAAGAUGUUUCCAGAAUAGCAGAGCUCUGAAAAAAUCUUGUGUAGCCCAGGCAGCUCCAUUGCAGUCAGUUGUUGGCUGAUCACAGGUUGUCAGAUCAAUCUUUGGGGUAAAAUCUCUUUAAUUGGAACUGUUGCAGGGAAAAACGGGUUAAACUUUUACUGAGUGGGGUGGUCUGUAGUAUCAGCACUCUGGGUUUCUUCCUGACACACAUCUCCAGGAGCUGUGGAUCCUUUCUGGCUGUUAAUUGCCCGUAAAUAGGCUCUGAUGCAAUUUACCUCUUUGCACAGGUGCUUGUGUUAAACAAUGCAGGUCUUUCUGUGGUCUGGAGCUGAGCAGUGGAGAAUAUUUCCCUUAAAUUGCUGGUAGAUUUUUCUCCAUUGUGGUUUCUGAGAUGUAAUCAAAGGUGUCUCAGAGAUUUGGGCCAGAUUGGAUGGGGCUUGGAGCAACCUGGUCCGGUGGAAGGUGUCCCUGCCCAUGGCAGGGAAGGGAACAAGAUGGGCUUUAAGGUCCCUUCCAAGCCAAGCCAUCCUGUGAUUUAAUUCUUAUGUGCUUCAACUGCAUGAACUACCCCGCAGAGCUCAGUAGAUGUGACUUUCUAGGCUGUUUGAGGAGUAAUUUUAGCAUGAUCCAAAGCAUGAUGCUGACUUGUGCAUCAAAACAUUUGCAAACCUAAGAUCCAGCAUUUGUUCUUGUAGUACAUAAGUUGAAAAAAAUUCCUUAUCUUAGAAAGGAACAAUCGAAGAUACUGGUUUUUUUUUAAGUGGGAAAAGGGUUUCAGUUUUCAGUUGCCAUUCUGGAGUCUCUGAAGGUUGUUGGUCAGCCCUAUAAUUUGAACAAGACCCUUUUGGGCCUGGCUGGGAGGUGUGGGUGGAGGAUUCUCAGGCUCAACUCCCUUGCACGUGUCACAGCUCCAGCCCCAGGAAUACUUUAACCCUUUCCCUGCACAUAUCUCGUGGUAUCAGAUAUUAUAGUCUGUUUGUCCUGGUGUUUCACCCAACUCAGUAUUUUUGCACUGGUUUUCUUUUUUCUUUUGUUGUUGAGAGGCGAAUGUGUAUUUUGGUGAGCCAGAGUUAAAACAUAACUGAACCAAGGGCUGAUGAUGUUGUAUUGAGCUCUGAAAUGUUUGCAAACUCUACAUUCCUUUAAAAAACCCCAAAGAACCAUUGUUUUAGUGGCCUUUCCCCUCCAUGUGGAUCUGUCCAGUUCUAGUUUAAGCACAGAGGUUAUGCCAAGACACUUCUGUGCGUUUUAGGGAGGCUUAGGUUUCCUCAGAGGUUACAAUGUUCCUGCUAAUCUUCACUUAAAGCACAAGUUCUUAAACUCAUAAAAAUUUUCAAGGUCAAGGAUGCUCAAACCCCAUCACCACAUUCAGCCUCUCCUAAUUGAUGCUUCUAGUUGGAAGGAGUUACUAAUAUUUUAUAGUUUGCUUCUAAUAACAACGUAAAGCUUAAUGCAGGGAUUAUGGACUGAAAGGGAAAGUUAAUUAAUGUUUCCUCGAGCACCGAAUUGUUUUGUGUUUCCUGAGCUGCUGCCCCCAGACACCCCUCGAGAAAUUCAGGCUGUAAUCUCCUCUGCACUUUGGUACUUUUAUUAUUUGCACUUAACCAGGGUCGUUCCCUCGUGUAACCCUAUAAUGAACCCUACAAUAUUUUAGUCGUUGCUAUGUCACUUCUUUUCUUGGUAAUAAAUUCAGGAGUUAUAGAUGAAUUUAUUUAGAAAUAUGUCCAGUCCCUACAACAGGUCUGAACUUUGAGCAGGCCACGUUCUUGUCUCAGUCCCUGUCUGCCCAGAGCUCCUGUGCCACUGGUGGGCUGGGGGCUGUCCCCAGCAGGGGUGUCCUGGGGGCCGGAGGGUUCACAGGCACAGAGGAACAAGCUCAUUUUUGUGUUCCUGAAGGUGAUGGCCCAACCCCCCUGCUGUGGUUCCAUGGGGGUCUGUGAGGCUGUCCUGGGGCUGUCCUUGGGGUGUCCUUGGGGAGUCCUCCCCCAGCAGCACCGGGAGCCAGUCCCCUGCCCUGCCCUGAGCUGUGUGUCUGUGAUUCCAGGAGCAUCCCCACGGGCUGUGGUGCCCCGAUCCCCCGAAAGCUUUUAGGGACAGAUGUCCAAGUUCUGCUCUAACAGGCAGAACAGUUUAUGAAUGUACAGGGAGUAAGACUGAGGUACAAUAUAUUUCUGCAGAAUAUAAGAAAUGUGCAAUAAGUUGUAGCUUACACUGAAUGUAUUUUUGGAUGAAUGGACUAGAAUUUUGAAUGUAGCUGUGAAGUUUGUGUCUAAACCUGCUGCUGUUCUCAGUUCCAAAAGAGAAACGUGUCAUAUUUUGUCAAUCUGCAAACCACUUCCUGAGUUGUCUGUUUUUAAAAGAAGCAUUAAUAUUUUACCUGGAACAUUGUAAUAUUUCUGAAAUAAGUAGAGUGGUGCAGUGCUCAACCCUCGUCUUGUGAAAUACGUGAUCUGUGUACACUGCAGAGUUAUUUUUAAAACUAUUGCUAAAGUUAUUGCUUGAUAUUGCAGCUGCCUGGAUGUAAAUAAUGGUUUAGCUGUUGUAUUUUGUACGCGGAUUUUUCACCCCACAUACUUUGGGGAAGACGUGGCUAUUUUAAUAAAUUCAGUGUACUCUG